UAUGUGCAGCAGUUUUCACAUUUCGCGCGCUAAAAUGACAUCCUACAGUAGCGUUCGAUCAUAACGAAUAGCCGUUUGACCGUAAACUGUAAAACAGCAUCAUUUGUGAUCGUGGAAACGAGAUAGAAAACAUCCUUCACAGAUUUACUGGUUUAGCGGACUAAUAAUGCACUAAAACUGUAAAAACUCGUUUUGUGCGUAACGGUUUGCCCGCAUAAUGCCCGCAAGUGCGAUGUGGACACUGGAAUCGGUGCUGGUGUGGACCAGCGCGGCUUUCAUCACAGCCCAAGAUUACUUUGGCCCAAAUGGAGCAUCGACGGCGAAAUGCCGGUGCCUUCCUGGUGAUUCUUGUUGGCCAAGUGUCGAUCAGUGGAAUACGCUGAAUACUACUAUAGGCGGUCGUCUGUUGAUACCACAUCCGACAGGAUAUCAAUGUUAUGGUGGGCCCGGCUACAACUCCCACGACUGUCAGCAAAUCCAGAAAUACUACAACCGCCCGGGUUUUCUUCUCAAUAAACCCGGCAGCAUGCAGGCGUUUAAUUGGGAAGAUUUGGGCGAACAGCGGUGUGCGCUGGAAGCGUCCAAUGACUGGGACGCUGUCUGUCAAGCAGGCCGUACUCCGGCGUACGGAGUGGAGGCGCACACAGUGGAUGACAUCCAGAAAGCACUGGCGUUUGCCAGUCAGCAUAAUCUGCGCAUUGUGGUCAAGACGACCGGGCACGAUUACUUUGGGCGUAGUACCGCGCCAGGAGCGCUGAUGCUAUGGUUGAGAAAUUUCCAAGGUGGACUGGAGACGAAAACUGGAUUUACGCCCAACGGUUGUGACGCCAGCGGUCAGUUAACGGAGCCGGUCAUCACGGUAACCGGUGGAAAAACCUGGGAUGAUGUUUAUGCAAAGGUUGACCAAGAUUUUAACGGAAAAUACUGCAUCGUUGCUGGUUUCUGUUUUGACAUCGCGGCAGCCGGUGGCUACACCCUGGGUGGUGGCCAUAGCGUCCUCUCGCCCUCUUUCGGUUUGGCGGUGGAUAAUGUCUUGGAAAUGACCAUGGUGACCGCGAGUGGAAAGCUGGUGACCGCCAACGCCUGCCAGAACAAAGAUCUCUUCUGGGCGUUAUGCGGCGGAGGCGGUGGCACCUUUGGCGUCCUUACCUCCGUUACUUACAAGUUGCAUUCUGUUCCUAGUGGUUUCAACGCGUACUCCGUUCAAGUUGUGGAUCAGAACAAGACGGGCAAUUUAAACCCAAUACAGGUGGAGAGUAUUAUUGAAGUCUUAGCAAGGCGGACAGCGGAUUUAGAUAACAUCGGCUGGGGCGGGUAUAUGCUGUUUAAUCCGGCGUAUGGGUUUGUUGUGAUGCUGCUAGUUCCAGCUGAUAAAGCCAAUGCUUUAGAUCAAGCGAAGGCGUUAAAGAAUGAGCUUGUAGGAAUGCAAGCCGCAUCGGGAUUCUUAGUGAUGCCGUUUGCGAACCUUGGAACCUUCUCGCAGCACUACGAUCACUUCGAUGACUGGCGCUCGUGGACGGACACGAUCGGAGUCUUUGACGGCUUCUACUCCGGUGUCCGCAUUGCUCUAGGCACCCGCCUCAUCCCGGCGGCUGCCUUAACACAUUCCCGUAGCGCUGCACAAACCCUAAUGGCCGGUGUACAGAAAAACGGCUUCGCCGCUGGUUUCGUCGCCACCAUGGUAGCCGGCAGUGGAGUACGCAGCCGCGAUCCACAGGCACUCGAGACAUCCGUGACACCGGCGUGGCGCAAGGCCGCCUGGCAUUGUUAUCUGUUCACCGGAUGGGAUGCGACGACGUCCAAUGCGGAUAUUGCGGCACGGACGGACGUGCUGAACAGCGGGGUUCAAGUGUGGCGGGAGGGGUUUCCCGACUCGGGAGUGUACUUCAACGAGGGGUUCACUGAGGAGCCCAACUGGCAGCAAGCGUUCUGGGGGAGUAAUUAUGAGCGGCUGCUGGGAAUUAAGAAAACAGUGGAUCCGAAUGGAAUGUUUGUAUGCAGCACUUGUGUGGGCAGCGAACUGUGGGAUAAGAGCGGCAACUGUCGCGUAUAA